AGAAAAAACCUCUGCCCAACGUUGUGGCUGCAGCGUCGUGUUCCACCGGCUCCGCCACAACGUCGCGGUGUGUUGCGUUCCUUUCCCUUACUUUUUCAGCACUCUUCGCCCAUUUCGUCCACAUGCCUGCACAUCACUCCCUCGCCCUGCCGCUCUCUGCGCACUACGCGCACGACUCCCGUGAGGGCUUUUCGUUCUUCGUCGCCCCGUCGAGCUCGACAAGUGGGCAGUCUUCUCUCCACCCGGCGGUGGACGCCUACCUCGAUGACCUCUGCACCUUUCUGCGCGGUGCCCGACUCAUCCAAUCGCACCCGGAUAACUACUUCCAGUUUAUGCUCGGCGAGACGUGGCCCGCGUCCGCCGUGCACUUCGACGGCUCCGUCGUGGAGUCGAAGGAGCUGCAGGACUCGCAGCGCCUGCUGCGCGGCUUCGGUCCGCUGCUGCACGGCGAAGAUGCAAUGGCGAAGUUGCGCGCGUUGGUGCGUGACGGCCCACCGCCGCCUGCAUCGGCGUUCUCAUCCUUCUCGACGGAGCAACUGCCAAGCGACGAUCAACAAGAUGCGGCGCGUUCAGCACUGCAGGCGCUUAAUGUGUUUUAUUCUACGACACGGCGACUGAUGCUGGGCCGGGCACGCCGUCCGGACAGCGAUGCCGCCACCUUAACGCUCCUGUCAGCAGAUGCGGCGCGUCGGAUCGACUGCACGUCUGCGGCUGCUGUCGCCACGCGAGAGCACAAGCAGCAGAUUUUAGACCUCGUCGUGUCACACGGCAUGAACCCGAAGAAGCAGCACGAAGUUCGCAUCAUGCGCGACACAAUCCACGACCUUGUAGACUGCUGCAAUGCCGGCAUCGACGGACAGCAGCGCGGCAGCGGAACGGCAGACUUCGAUGCCGAGGGGCAGGCAGUGCCUCAAGCUGCACCUGAGCCUUCAGCUGCUGUGCGAGUGGAGACGGUGAUCAACAUGGGAGAAGGCAAAGGCUACGUCUCCCGCGCGGUGGCGCUGUGCGACAACCUCCAGGUCAUCGGUCUGGACUGUAACCCGGCACACAAGGAGCGUGCGGUGGAGCGAGUGGAGUCGCUGCUAGAGACGAGUCUGUCGUCGCGUGAUGGGCGACCGCGUGUCAACCUGCUGUAUGAGCCGCGUGGGCACGUGGCGAGCAUUGCGUGCCGCGUCGAGCAGGACGUCAACUGGGCCACGCUCCUGCAGGGACACGUGCUCACCUGCGCCGACCCGCACUGCUGCUGUUCUACGGCGGUGCCUCGCCCCACAGCGUCAACGGAUGCUCCGCGCGAUGCACCGUACGACGCGGCGGCCCGGUGCUUGAGUUCGCAGCACAGCGCAGAUGAUGAUGGCCCCACCGCGAUGACGGUGCUGUCCCGCACGCGUGGCGAGGAAAGCGUCAAGCUGGCCUGCCGUGUGUGCGGGAAGGUGGUCCGUCUCGAGAACACAACGGUGAUCAUGAAGCACGUCUACGCGCACCUGCACGACGCAGCCGCGACGACCGCGACGAAAUCCGCUGCCUCGUGCUCACGGAUCCCCACAGCGGAGCAGCUCCACACGUGGAACUUAACGCUCUCGCAGCACGCGUACGUGGCGAAGCUGACGGAGACGUUUUUCAGCGUCACGGAUGUGGAGUCGCGGCACUACGACAACCGAAAGGAUGCGGCGCUGUUGAAGAGACCACGCGAGAGCAACCACACGGCACGGGAUAGUGCUGGUAGUAAUAGCAGUGAGAUGAGUGCGUCGCCGUUGCGCUAUCUCACACUUCUGCGAGCUUCCUCUGCGUCUUGUACAGUCGGGAGGGAGUCGCAAGCGAUGGACGCCACCGCACCCGAGGACUCCUCCAUCACGCUGCAGCCCACCUACACGGCACGUGGCUAUCGUGCGGUCUUGUUGGUGGCACGAGCCCUCUCCGCCACCGCUGCCGUUGAUGCGUCUCCUGAGCCCUCUGCCGCGGAAAUGAAAGUCGAUGAUGCCUGUGAAGGGGACGCUCUGAAGGGCGCAACGAAGAGGAAUCCGCCGCCUCCUUCUGAGCAACCUCGGCCGCAAACGUGGGUGUUUGAGCAGCGGGUGGCGACGAUCGUGGGCUACGACGGGGGGUCGGACUGUCAUCACGUCUGCCUCGACGCGGAGAACAGAAAGCGCGUCUUGCGACUCUAUCGCCUUCCUCCUUCCUCGAGCGGCGUCCCCUCGCCGUCCCUGUCUGUGAGGUCGGCCGCCCUACCCGCUGCUGACUCUCCUUGUGCUUCGUCGGCUGAGUCGUUUCUCGGCGAGUGGCGGCUGCCCGAUCCCGCCGUCUGGGGACGCGCGCACGUCGCGGUGGUGCUCACGGUGCUGCCUCCCGCGCUGCCUUCCACUCCAGUUGUCUGCGUUCCUUCUGUGCGCAACACGGUGCUGAUCGGCCUUCACCCCUGCGGUGACCUCGGCUCCAAUGUGUGCCGCAUCUUCAGAAACAGUGCCGCGCGUGGCCUCCUGCUCGUCAGCUGCUGCUGGCACGCACUAACGCCACAGGGAUUUCCGCUCAGCCGUGCCCUGCGGCGACGUGGCUUGACGACCGACUCCGUCUCGCUACUGCUCGCCACACAGCCGCUGGACGCGUGGUCCACCGCCUCACCGGAGGGCCACCGCAGUUCUGCCAAACUGCUCUUUUACCGAAGUCUGUUCAAGCUGUUGUGGUCCCGACUUGCGCGUGAAUGGACGGCGGCGGCGGCGGCGCAACGACGACCGUGCCGCAGCAGCGGCAGCAGCGACGGCGAUGGCGAUGCACCCGCUCGCUGCGAGUUCCCUGUAGCGCCGCCGCACCUUGAGCCAACUUUUCUGCGGCGCAUGUCGCGACAAAAGGAAACUCUGACAUUUGCCGACUUCAUGAAGGCGAUAGCGGCGGAGUACCUCUACGGCGAAACCGCCAAGGACACCCCCUACACGCCGUGGAGCAGCGGACAUCGCUGCGCGGCCUGCCGUGACGACCAGGAGGCCUUUAUCCGGUCGGCUCUGACGGUCCGUGCUUUGCCCGCGCAGAUGGCGCGGACGUUCGAGGGGGAACACUUCGCUCCGUUCUUGGGCCUGACGGUGCUGCGCAUGUGGAUGUGCCACUUGGUAGAGUCGCUCUUGCUGUUAGAUCGCACCCUCUACCUGCACGAGGAGCUGCGCGUUGGCGAGGCAGCAGAGGAGGGAGAGGACAGCGCCGUGUCGCUCGUGCCGCUCUUCGACGGUGCGCUGUCACCUCGCAUGUACGGCGUACUCGCACGGCGUGGCGGCGCGGCGUGCGUGUGCUGA